CUUCUUCUGUAUAUUUACAUUUCCUUUGAUGGAUCCACUGCAACAUGGAUGAAGAGGCAUCACUUGAGAAUUACUUUGACCAGUCAAUUGCUGGUUCAUCUGACUACAUUUUUGAAGCAGACUUGGGCUUGCAGGGCCCCCCACAGCUGCAGGAUCCCUCUUUUUUGUCAUCGUCUGUCUCUGGCCAGCAGAAAGACCUCCCUGAAGACCUGGACCUGAGCUUCCUGCCCGAUGAACUCAGUGCCCAGGAUGAGACACCAGAGAAGGCGAGUGCCAGUUUCAAUGAGGACAGCGGAGUUUACCCAGACUGUACACCUCCAGAGGCUGCGGUUCCAGGUGCUGACCCCAGCAGGGCACAGACAGCAACCUCCCCCUUCUGCUCCCUACCAAUGACCCCCAUGACCCCCAUGACCCCUGUCGCUCCCGUUUCUGAAAGUUCUGGAAUUAUCCCACAGCUACAAAAUAUUGUGUCCACGGUAAACCUGGCUUGUCCUCUGGACCUGAAGGCCAUUGCUCUUCAGGCUCGAAAUGCUGAGUACAACCCAAAGCGAUUUGCUGCUGUCAUAAUGAGGAUCCGUGAACCGAGGACCACUGCACUCAUAUUCAGCUCUGGAAAGAUGGUCUGCACUGGGGCAAAGAGUGAAGAGCAGUCCCGUCUUGCUGCGAGAAAGUAUGCACGUGUGGUGCAGAAGCUUGGCUUUCCAGCAAAGUUUCUUGACUUCAAGAUCCAGAACAUGGUUGGCAGCUGUGAUGUGUGCUUCCCCAUCCGUCUGGAGGGGCUGGUUUUGACUCACCAACAGUUCAGCAGCUAUGAGCCAGAGCUGUUUCCUGGUUUGAUCUACCGCAUGGUGAAGCCACGUAUUGUCUUACUGAUUUUUGUGUCUGGGAAAGUUGUUCUUACAGGUGCUAAAGAUCGGUCGGAAAUCUAUGAAGCUUUUGAGAAUAUAUACCCGAUUCUGAAGGGAUUCCGGAAACAAUGAAAAGGAAAAAGAGUGCUUUUUUUGCUUUUUUGAAGAGCGAUAUAGGCCAUCAAAUGUCAACUAUAAUCAUUAUAUAUGUACAUAUAUAUGUGUGU